ACCAUGACGGCCCGGGACGAGGUCAGCGAAGAGAAGCCCAAAAUGAAGCUCUUCUCCCCCGGAUUCGGGAUGGACAAGUCCCGGCUGGCGGCCCCGGGGCUCCGCUCCAAAGGCUUCGCCAUCACCGACCUGCUGGGUCUGGAGUCCGACCUGCAGGCUCGGCAGCAGCCCGCCUCUACUCACGGCCUGGGCCUGUCCUCCGCGGGCUCGGGGCCCGGGGCCGAGCAGCAGGGGGCCGGCGGAGGCCUCGGAGGGUUCUCGUUACCGGGAGGCUCUCUGCCGCUCGGACUCGGGUUUCUGUGCAGCCUGGCGGCCCAGCAGCCCGCCGGGGCGCCCUGCUUCCUCCCGGGACACCUGCCGCUGCUGCAGGCGCGCGCGGACAGCCACUACCUGAGGGACCUGGAGGCCCAGAGGGACCCCUACUCCGAUGAAGAAUGUCUCUCUGAUCGUAACGACCCCAAAAGCUCCUCAAACUCUCAGAAGAGGAAGAAAAGGAGACACAGGACCGUGUUCACGUCCCACCAGCUGGAGGAGUUAGAGAAAGCCUUCCAUGAAGCACAUUACCCCGAUGUUUACGCCCGCGAGAUGCUCGCCAUGAAGACGGAGCUGCCCGAGGACAGAAUACAGGUUUGGUUCCAGAACCGUCGUGCAAAGUGGCGAAAGCGUGAGAAGUGCUGGGGUCGCAGCAGCGUUAUGGCGGAGUAUGGUCUGUACGGGGCGAUGGUUCGUCACUCCAUCCCGCUGCCGGAGUCCAUCCUCAACUCGGCCAAGAACGGCAUGAUGGGAUCCUGCGCCCCUUGGCUGCUCGGUGAGCCGCAUACACGAAUGCACAAGAAGUCCCUAGAAAUGUCCAAGAAGUGUUCCAGCCCUCCAGAGUCAGACUCCAACCGCUCCGACUCGUUCUGUGACGCCCGUGAGCGCCGGGGUAGCGGUGGCGGUGCCUGCGAGUCGCGUCAGACUGAACCAGAGGAGGAGGAGCUGCUGGAGAUGGAAGAUGAGGAUAUGGAGGAGGAGGUGGCCAUUGACCUGUCCAGCUCCUCUAAACAGCAGCAGCAGCAACAACAACCAGAGGAGGCCGCAGGCUCGCUAAGCUCCGCUGCCUCCUCGCCACGGCGGCAGAGCGGCAGCGAGUCCGACAAACACAGCUGA